GCGACGCCGACACUGCCACAUACACCCAAGCCGACGAGCAACGCGUCCGCUUUCGACACGGCUCAGCAGAUCAAGACGUCCGACAAGUCGAGCUCCUUGUCGGGAGGGGCCAUUGCCGGUGUCGUUGUGGCCGCGGCUUGUGUGAUGCUGAUGGUUGCCAUGUUCGUGACCACCAAGAAGCGUAAGACCCAAGAGGACCCGCUCGCGAUCAGGAAGGACGCUUCGUCGCUCGGAGACUCUGGCGCGGUGCCGCUCGCCUCGUCCAGACUCGCACCUCUUGGUGGCAGCACGGCCUCGAGCUUCUUCGCUGUGGACCGGAACGACCCCUUCACGAAGAAGCACAUGCGCAAGGGUGGCAUUUGGGACGACCCGGUGCUUCAGAAUGCUCGCAUCCCGCUCGACAAGAUCCGCAUCCAGGAGCUCCUCGCGCGCGGAGGCUUCGGUCAGGUGUUCCUGGGCUCGUACAACGGUGAGACUGUGGCCGUGAAAACGCUGCUGCCUGAGACCGCCGAGGACAUGGUGGAGAUCAACGCGCUGUUCGCAGAGACCAAGGUCAUGGCCAAGCUGGAGCACCCGUGCAUCGUCCGCUUCAUCGGCAUCGGCUGGGAGACGCUCAGCUCCAUCUGCUGUGUGACCGAGUACCUGGUCGGCGGCGACCUGCGCGCGCUGCUCAACCACUUCUUGACCAACCACACGCGGCCCCGAGGCUACGACCACGACAAGGUCAAGAUCGCUCUGGACGUGGCCCACGGCCUCGCGUAUCUCCACUCGAUGCAGCCCAACAUCCUGCACCGCGACCUCAAGUCGCGUAACGUGCUGCUCAACUCGCAGCUGAACGCCAAGCUCACGGACUUCGGCGUCUCGCGCGAGCAGUCCGAGGACCAGAUGACCAACGCCGUCGGCACGUCGCUCUGGAUGGCGCCCGAGGUCAUGAUGGGCGGCCACUACGACAGCAAGGCCGACGUGUACUCGUUCGGCAUCAUGCUGAGCGAGCUCGACACGCACUUGAUGCCGUACGCCAACGCCAAGAAGGAGAACGGCCGCAAGCUCACCGACACCAUGAUCAUGCGCAAGGUGGCGGCGGGCGAGCUGCAGGUCGAGUUCUCGCGCGAGUGCCCCGUGGACAUCCUGACGCUCGCGCACGCGUGUAUCUCCGUGGACCCCAAGCAGCGCCCGACAGCCAUCGACGCCAUGCGCAAGCUCCGGGUCGCGCUUGAGGCGUUCGAGGCGGAAGAAGUGUCGCUG